GCUAUCAUUUACGCCCAUGAGCUACACGCGAUUUAUGACCUCUUGCGGUUCCCGUUUUUUUUCUUCACAGACUGCUCUUUGGCUGAGGGGGUUGCACUCGCAUUAUUGGAAAAAGAAACGGAUAUGUUCAAUGUCAAAGCGAAUCAUUUUUGUUUUGAAUGCGUGAUCCGCAUAGAAACAACGAACGGCUUGCAGGAAUGACAGAUCAUUGUGCCUUUUCACAUUGCGUUGGAUCUGAUGCAGAAGGAGGGGCACUAUGAGGUAACCCCAGAGGAAUGCUAUGUGUGCUUGUCCAGGUCAGAUUUCUCCCAUUGAUAAGAGAAAUGAAGACUUUAAAGUGGUCAGUGCUAUCUUGGCAAACUCACAUACCACACAUUGAUUAAGGACAUAGAGGUUAAUGUUUGAUAACCGAAAGCCCCUAGAAAGGAUCCUGUUAUCUUGCACAGCUUCAUGUAUGUCCUGAUCAUCGUCCGCCCUUUAACUGCCUCCGCAUUCCUCCCUCCGCUGCAUUAAACCAGUCACAGCACGGACAGUAUUACAAUGGACACAGAUUCCAUCCACUCUGGCUAUUCCCACCACUCCAACAGGUCGCGGGGGUCAAACAAACAGAGUGAACGCAGCAGCAGGGAUCGGCACAAAUCACACAGCCGAGACAGCAGCAGCCGCUCAGACAAAAAUGUCACCAUCAGUGCAUCAUCAGCUCAGCCACAGCAGCCGGAUCAAGGCUCCGCCCCCACAGACGCACAGGAUGACAACUGGGGAGAAACUACCACAGCGGUCACUGGAACAUCAGACCACAGCUUGUCUCAAGAGGAUUUGGCAGGCUUCGGGAAAGAGACGGAAGGUCCAGUAGAGAAAUUGAACUGUGUGCGCUUCCUUCCUUUGGCCCUCACCCUCGUCCUAGGCCUGCUGGUUCUGGUCACCCCACUGUCCUUCCUGGUGCUGCCCCAGCUGAUGUGGCCGGAGCGCCUGCAGGCUUGUGGUACUGCCUGUGAGGGCCUGUUUCUCUCGCUGGCUUUCAAGCUCCUCAUUCUGCUGCUGGCUGGCUGGGCGCUCUUUGUGCGACCGGCACGAGCCUCCCUGCCCCGGAUAGCAGUGUUCCGCGCCCUGCUGGGGUUGCUCACACUCCUCCUGCUGCUCUCAUAUUGGCUAUUCUUUGGAGUGCGCAUCUUGGAUUCACAGGAUGAGAACUACCAAGGCAUAGUGCAGUUUGCAGUAUCAUUGGUGGAUGCUCUGCUGUUCAUCCAUUACCUGGCAGUAGUUCUGCUGGAGAUCCGGCAUCUGCAGCCCUGCUUUUCUCUCUGUGUCGUGCGCUCCACCGAUGGAGAGACUCACCACUACAACCUGGGACAGCUCAGCAUUCAACGGGCAGCCCUGGUAAUUCUUGAACACUAUUACAAGGAUUUCUCAGUUCAUAACCCUGCCCUACUGACGGCUGCUAAGUCCAGGGCAGCUAAACAUCUGGCUGGGCUGAAAGUCUACAAUGUAGAUGGUGCUGGUAGCGAUGCUGCAACCGCUCAGUCUCGAGCUAAAAUAGCAGCUGCCGCCCGACAGAGAGACACCAGCCACAAUGAGCUGUACUACGAGGAAGCGGAGCAUGAAAGAAGAGUCCGAAAGCGCAGAGCACGGCUCGUGGUGGCAGUAGAGGAGGCCUUCACACACGUUCGACGGCUGCAGGAGGAGGAGAAAAAGAAGCCUCCGGGAGAUGAGAUGGAUCCACGUGAGGCAGCGCAGGCCAUCUUCCCCUCCAUGGCUCGAGCACUGCAGAAAUACCUGCGCACCACCCGUCAGCAGCACUGCCACAGCAUGGACAGUAUUCAGGCCCACUUGGCAUUCUGCAUUACGAACAACAUGACCCCAAAGGCUUUUCUGGAGAGCUAUCUGAUGGCUGGGCCCACACUGCAGUAUACAAGAGAGUGCUGGCAAACCCGACAGUGGACGUUGAUCAGCGAAGCAUCGGUCACCAGUCCCCUCCGUCACGGCUCUGAAUUCCAGCUCAAGUCAUCUGACUUCAGUUUAGUGGUCACCAGCAAAGCUAUCCCUCACCUCAAACUCAGUGAGGAGUACGUCCACCCCAAGUCCCACAAGUUUGUACUACAACUACAGUCCGAGACCUCCGUCUGAUGGAUUUGGUUGCUUUUGUCUGUUUGGUUUUCUACACUUGUAAAUUUUGGACUAGUACUAUUUUGUUUGAAAUUCUUUCACUUUUUCACAGUUUAUAAAUGGCAUUUUACAUAAUGGAUGUAUUUUGAUACAAUAUUUGUUAUUAUCAUGAACAGAAGAGAAAAAAACAAACAAAAAAUAUGUAUCUGUGCUGUAUGUAUCCGAUAACCUAGUGCUGACUAGUGUCAUUGUGUGUUUGUGCUGCUUGUCUGUAUGUUUCUUUCUGCAUAGAGCAAAUGCUGAUUAUGUACUGUGAUAAGCAUCAGACUGAGGCAUAAUGGGUGAAGUUUGGUUUUUGCAAGUGCAGUAGAUAUUGUUUAGGAUAUCUAUGUUUGUGAGACAUGUUUUUCUUUUUCCUUCAAUUGACCACAACUGAUGAGUAUCAGAUCAUAUUGGAGUGAAGAUCUAGUAAGGUCCAUCAGUGGUAUAACAGCCAAACAUACAUGAUCAUUUUCAGCUUGUUUGAUUGUUUGAUUUCUACCAUUUUUAUAUGUUUGGAAGAAAAAUGGGUAAUAUAUUGUGAGAAACAAAACAGCCUUUCCUUUGAGAUUAAUAAAUUGUGAUUUGUAGUUUGCUUCUUUUUUGUGUGUUAAUGAAAUUGCGAAUAAGGUAUUUUUACAUUUAAUUUAUUUUUUAUUGUGUAUGCAUUAUCAUUAAAACUUGUGUUCAUAAAAUGCAAGCCCAUUAAUGCUGCCUAACACAUUUAUAAACCUUGCUCUUGACUGUUUUUGUCCAAGCUUGACGUUUUAUUUGCUUAUGAAGCAAAAAUAGGGGAAAAACUGUCAUGCCUUUUUUUCUACUUUUUUUUUUUGUAUUUAAUGAUGAAGAACAAAUAUAUUUUAUAUUAUUCCCACAUUUUCUAGCUGUUACAGGAUAUAUUUUCCCAUUGCAUAUUGUCAGUUCUGUCCUGUCUGAUCAUACAAACCCAUCUCAUUCAGUUUAUUCAGUCUAUGUCAUAACCUAUUAAAAACUACAAACCUGCUUCACAUUUAUAAAGUUGAAAUAUUGCAGAUUUAUUUUACUGAAGAAGCUGUUUGUAUCAAUAGGGAGAAACUCUUAGAAUUUAACUCUGUGCAUUAAACUUGCGUUGAUUCUUUGCUUCAUUGUGUCAAUGUAAUACUAAGCCUUUGGAAGACCUAGCUAGGAAAAAAAAAAUAACAACUAAUUUUCUUUAGGCAAAAAUUUUAAAAUAAACCAGAUUUCGCAUUUCAAAUGUUACUUUCUGUGUUUUGCUCUUCAGUGGAAUAAAUAGUGGAACUGUUUUCUUGUAAGACUGAUCAGAGAUCAAAACUAGGACGUUUUGUGCCAGUUUUUUUUACUGUAUUACACUUUAACUUGAAGUAUUGGGUAUUUCUUUGCAUCAAAUGUGCAGCAAGAACAUGUUAUGAUUUGUCACUUUUCUUAGUCACUUUCAAACUGGAAUUUAUCUUUCUCAGUUACCCUAAUAUUUGUAUGUAUAUAUAUAAAUAUGGCAUAUUUCAUGUAUUAAAAAUGUAUGGUAUGUAUAUAUAUUUAUUUAUUAGUGUAUGUAGUUUACAAUCAUUUUGUCUACACCUAUGCAUGUGCAUUUAUGUUUUAUUACUGUACACCAUAAUUUCCACUGUGGAUAUAAAAAUAUAAAAUCAUUUUGGACAAUUGCAUUGAAAUGGAUUGUUUAAAUCAAAUUCAGUUUAAGGAAACUGAACAACUAGAUCACUCAGACCUUUAGUAAGAAUAAUAGUGUGCUGUUUAACUGGAACACUAGAUGUCACUGUGGUGCCAUGAUGAUUUAAACUGAAAAAAAUAGUGCGGUGAGUUGAUGUUGAGUUGUAAAACCAAAAUUAAUUUUCCACAAUCCAAUCGGAAGUGAGCACCCCUAUGCCCUACUACUCACUAUGAAAAGCACUUGGAGAGGGAUUUUGGAGGGAGCAGGACAUUUGUUUUUCAUAGUCUGUCAUAAUGGUGCAGCCAUUUGUGCAUUAGAGUUUU